UAAACAGCCAAAAUGUCUUCAUCCCACAGCCAAAACAAGACCUCACAUAACCUUCAAGGCACAGUUCCUGAUCAGUCAUACCUAUCUAUAUACCAGACUUUUAAGAAGAAUUCACACAAAAUCUUGAUCGAUAACACUUCAAUCAAGAACAUUAAGCGUAACGGAAAAUUGAACCUUAUCAAGAACAGAAUAAAUCUAAAUCAAAGUGGACGAAAGAGUGUUAACGCCAAUGCCAGAGCUAGAGGCCACUUCUCAAUGGCCUUUGAUACUGCAAGACGAGAAGGUAUAGAGCGUAUAGGAAUUCAACAGCCUAGCAGUAUCAAUGAAAUAGAGCAGAGAAUUCUUAAAUAAAAUUAGGAGUCAGAAUAAAACUGAGAGAAAUGGAGUCAUCAAUUCCUCUGUGGUUGUGAAUCAUGAAUGAAAAACAGACAGUAGAGAUUUGUGCUCCUCAGGCUCUGAUAAGGUUAAGAGCUCGUUCCCUAGUCUGGCUCAUAAGUUCCAGGCCUCUCUCCUGGCAUCUCCUUACGGCAAAAGGAUUUGUGGGGCUCAUCUUAGAAAAAGAAAUAGCCAGGAGAAGAUUUCAGAAGCCAUGGCUAGAAUUAAAUAAGUCUGUAGCCAAAAACCGUCCUAGCAGAGAGAAAUCAAUUGAUAAGCAAACGAGUAAGGUCAUCAACUCAAUAAGCAAUGAUACACCUUAUAAUAAUGCACCUGAGACCAAGCUUUUCAUGGCUUAUCUCAACACGAAGAGUCUUGAGGAACCACAGGUCUACAGAUCGAAAAAGAGGGAUAAUAAUUGAGAAAUCCCUAUAUUGAGGAAGAAUUUUUCCAAAAUGUUUGAAAACUGCAAGACUUCAAAAGCUUCUAACAAGCGCUAUGAGAUCGACACAGCCGACACUGAAGCUUCUUCAGGGUAUAAAGGGUUGAUGAAGACUCCUAUCAAAGGGUCUAGAUCAAACUCUUCCUUACUUAUCCAUAAUGAAUACUUAAAUAAGUCUCACAUGAAAUUGAAGCCUCACCAAAGACUUCGGAAUGGCAGAAAUCAAGACGUAAACAAGAGUGCAUCGGUAGGGAAGGACGAAGGAGUGCUAUCUCUUAGAUUGAACACUAGUUCGGUCAACAAUCUAGCUCUUCCCAAAAUCAAAAAAUAAAAUGAUAAACUGAAGUCUCAGACCAUUUUCUCAA